AUGGAAAGCCAUGAUGAUAUUCCCCUCAAAGAAAUGGUUUGCUCUACUAUCCCUCUGGACCUUAUAGAAGAAAACGAACAAUAUGGAACAUCCACGGCAACAAUAAAUUACGAAUACUCGGGGAAUCUCUCAACAUCACUUGCUCAAAAAUACCCUAGUAGUGCGCUCGAUAUUUUCGUCGAGGUUAAGGCCACGGUCGACAUGUUUCUAAACGUCUGCGCAUUGAAGAAGGUGCCCGGACCCGAACAUAAAGACAAAGUUUUGGUGUACGAUCUCUCGGUAUCAGAAAGUACUGCCAACAAGCCACGUAGACUGCGUACGAGUUGUGAUAAUUGGGAGAUUGAAAAUCUUAUUAAAUCCGAUGACACGGAUAUUUUGAUACGUAUGAUAUUCGUUGAAAUCGAUACCAUCACCGUUGAAGGUCUCCGGGAACUGGGCCAUCACUACUCUAUACCGGCAAGAUUCUGGGGUUCCAAUAGCAAUGGUGACUUCGGCCAUAGGACCUUGAAGUCUGGUUUGGACGAAAUUACAUAUAUCACAUGGCUUGAAAUCCUCACCAAACCAGUAGUUCCCCACGAGGAUACGCCAGUGCCUGAAAACGAUGGCAUCUAUUGGUACCGACCAUGUUUUUCCUUCAAGUGGCAAUACUGCGGGCUGGGCUCCAGGAACAAGUACAAACUUGUUAUGUUUUGCCUCGAUUCCUCCCCACACAUCCAGGAGCGUCUCGGAGAAGCAAUAAUGCACACAAAUUCACAACUAAUCCUAAAGGACCCCUACUCUCUCUAUUGUCUAACCAGCAGCCAAUGGUACGAUUGGAAUCUGGAUGCUUAUUUCAGGCUUCGGAGCCAAUUGGUGGGGAUUGAAAGAAGGGCAACUAGUACACGCCUAGAGUCCUUCGAGCCGGAGUUUGAGCCGAGCUUCCCAACAUUGCAUAAACUUGCGAGGGAUAUCAUACAGAUGGCAGAGGUCUCGCAAAGCGCAAUCUUUGUGAUGGAGCGGCUGGUGCACGAGCAUGAACGUUUUUUCCAUUUGUUUGGGGAGAGCGAGGAUGUUUACAGUCGGGUGGAAGCUACGUUAAAUGAGAGGCUGACGCUGUUUAAGGGGACGCUGGCGAGUUAUGAGGCUUUGGGGAAACGGCUUACGAAUUUAAUUAAUUUUGCUUUCAACGUGGUUGCCCAAAGGGAGUCCAAACUAUCCGUCCAGAUUGCCAAAGCAACACAAUCAGACAGCAACUCCAUGAGAUCGAUAGCCGUCGUUACGUUAAUUUUUCUCCCUGGAACUGCAAUAGCUUCCAUAUUCAGCACACCAUUCUUCGACUGUAACUCGAGCCAUCCCUUCUGGAUCUAUUGGGCUCUCACUAUUCCGCUGACGGUAGUGAUUGUGGUGAUUUGGUACAUGUUUGGGAGGGAGGAAAGAUCUUGGGUACCGAUUUCGAAUUUGUUGAGAGAGAGAUGGCGGCGGAUCAUGGAUCCUCUGACGGCGCAGAAAAAAGAGCCACCUAUAUUGCCUAAGUGA